AUGACCACCUCUACAACAACAUCUGCUCCCAAAAUCACAAUAGCUAAACAACAACUCACGAGACAAAUACACACUCUCGAAGCACUAUUAGACGAAGCUAAUGAAUACAGUCCCACUUGGGUCUUCCCAACUGAGAGCUCCGAUCUUAAAAUUUUCAUCACCACACAAAGAAUAACGCUUACAAAUCUUAAACGUAGAAUAGAGCAACAAUCCGACAAGCUGGGCGCACGUUAUGAAUCACUUGUUCAAGCUUCCAGCAACAGUGACGGUACUACUUUUCAACCCCAAAUUGAUGCACACUGGGAAGACAAACGAGGGUACACCCUACUUAACCUCGCAGGGAAGAUUACUCAACAACUCGACAACAGACUGACUGAAUUGGAUUGUCAAGAAGCAACGCUAACACUCAUAAAGAACAAUUACAACAUAGCUAUCUCAAAGUGCCGGAAUUCCAUGGUGACCCUAACGAGUUGCAAAGGCGAUGCAGCACGCUCCUCCUUGCGAAUGAUUCUUCGAACAGGCGACUCUUAUGAACGAGCAAUGCAACAACUUAAGAACCAAUACGAAGACCCUAAACGAAUCACUAUGCAAAUGAUUCCUCAACUCAAGACAAUGAAACAUCUUUAA